CCCCCGCCCUCAGUCCCACCGGCCUCCAGACCCGCCAGAGUCCCACACGAGUGUGCUGCGGAGCCUGGAUCUUCCCUUGGACGCUCGGCCCAGCCAUGGCUUCAAUACUGCCACUGCUCUGUCUCUGUGUCGCCGUCGCGCAUCUAGUGGGGACCCGAGACACCGCCUCCUCCCAGGAGCCCACCGGGACAGCAUCGGACCUAGAAGGACGGUCUGUGCACCCUGGCCAGCCCUCACCAGCCCUGGAGGACUGGGAAGAGGCCAGCGAGUGGACAUCCUGGUUCAACGUGGACCACCCUGGAGGCGAUGGCGACUUUGAGAGCCUGGCAGCCAUCCGCUUCUACUAUGGGCCAGCACGUGUAUGCCCACGGCCGCUGGCGCUGGAAGCGCGCACCACUAACUGGGAGCUUCCGUCCGCCGUCGGCGAGCGUGUGCACUUAAACCCCACGCGCGGUUUCUGGUGCCUCAACCGGGAGCAGCCGCGCAGCCGCCGUUGCUCCAACUACCACGUGCGCUUCCGCUGCCCGCUUGAGACGGCGUGGGGUGCAUGGGGCCCGUGGGGUCCCUGCUCAGGAAGCUGUGGGCCAGGCCGUCGCUUGCGCCGCCGCCACUGCCCGAGCCCUGCUGGGGAUGAGUGUCCCGGGCGUACCUUGGAGGCCCAAAAGUGUGUGCGGCCUCGGUGCCCAGGGUGCAGCCCUGACACUUGCGAGUGCCCUGACCACAUCCUCCUGGGCUCUGUGGUUACCACAUCGGGGCAACCACUGCCAGGAGCCAGGAUCUCCCUGAGAGACCAGCGUGGUAUUAUGGCCACCAGCGAUGCCCAUGGAACCUUCCAGAUCCUUGGGGUGUGUGCUGAGAGCCAGGCCAAUGUCAGAGCCCAGAUGGAUGGCUUCUCUGCAGGCAUGGCCAAAGCCCAGGCCAAUGGCUCCAUCUCGGUGGUCACCAUCAUCCUUGAUAAACUGCAAAAGCCCUACCUGGUGAAGCACCCUGAGUCCCGAGUGCUAGAGGCUGGCCAGAAUGUCACCUUCUGCUGCAAAGCCGCAGGGACCCCUACGCCCAAGAAAUAUUCCUGGUUCCACAACGGGACCUUGCUAGACAGGCGAGCACACAGGUAUGGGGCCCAUCUGGAGCUGCAGGGGCUACACCCAGACCAAGCUGGCAUCUACCACUGCAAGGCAUGGAAUGAAGCAGGCACUGCACGCUCGGGCACCGCUUGGCUCACUGUGCUUGCCCCAGGCCAGUCAGCCUGUGACCCCCAGCCCCAACAAUACCUGAUCAAGCUCCCAGAUGACUGUGGGGAGCCUGGUAGUGGCCCUACCUACCUGGAUGUGGGCCUCUGCCCUGACACUCAUUGUCCCAGCCAGGCAGACUUGGGUCCCCGGUGUGGGGACAUCAGCUCCCGCUGUUGCUCUGUACGCCGCCUGGAUAGCAGGGAGAUCCACUGCUCUGGCUACAUCCUCCCUGUGAAGGUGGUGGCUGAGUGCGGCUGCCAGAAGUGUUUGCCUCCUCGGGGGCUGGUCUGGGGCCAUGUAGUGGCCACUGACUCUGGGGAGCCACUCAGCUUUGCCAGGAUCCUGCUGGGCAGGGAGCCCAUUGGCUUCACUUCCUACCAAGGCGACUUCACUAUUGAGGUACCACCCUCUACUGACCGCCUGGUGGUGACUUUUGUGGACCCUAGUGGUGAGUUCAUGGACACAGUCCGGGUCCUGCCUUUUGACCCUCGAGGUGCUGGAGUGUACCACGAGAUCAAGGCCAUGCGGAAGAAAGCUCCAGUCAUCUUAGAUGCCAGCCAGAGCAACACGAUCCCUUUGGGUGACCUAGAAGAUGAGGCACCCAUGGGCGAGCUGGUCCUGCCACCUGGAACCUUUCGAAGAGCAGAUGGCAAACCCUACACAGGGCCUGUGGAGGCCCGGGUGACCUUUGUGGACCCCCGAGACCUCACCUCCGCAGCUGCCGCCCCCAGUGACCUGCGCUUCGUGGACAGCGACGGUGAGCUAGCCCCACUGCGCACCUACGGCAUGUUCUCGGUGGACCUCCGAGCCCCGGGCUCCAUGGAGCAGCUGCAGGCAGGGCCUGUGGUCGUGCGUGUGGCCUCCGACCAGAUCCGCAUGACAGGCCACAAGGAGGCUCUCAAGCUGUGGUCACUGAGCCCCGAGACCGGCUUGUGGGAGGAGGAGAGUGGCUUCCAGCUGGAGGGGUCCUCGGGCCACCGGGUCCGCCGUGAGGAGCGCGUCUUCCUGGUGGGCAACGUGGAGAUUCGGGAGCGGCGCUUGUUCAACUUAGACGUGCCCGAGCGCCGCCGCUGCUUCGUGAAGGUGCGCGCCUAUGUUAAUGACAAGUUCACCCCCAGCGAGCAGGUGGAGGGUGUGGUGGUCACACUGGUCAACCUGGAGCCCGCCCCUGGCUUCUCUGCCAACCCCCGCGCCUGGGGCCGCUUUGACAGCGCCGUCACUGGCCCCAACGGUGCCUGCCUCCCUGCCUUCUGUGAUGAGGAGCGGCCCGAUGCCUACACGGCCCUCAUCACAGCCACCCUGGGCGGUGAGGAGCUGGAGCCUGCCCCUUCCCUGCCCAGGCCGCUCCCAGGCACCGUGGGUGUCUCCCAGCCCUACCUGGACAGGCUGGGGUACCGCCGGACCGACCAUGACGACCCAGCCUUCAAACGCAACGGCUUCCGCAUCAACCUCGCAAAACCCAGGCCAGGCCACCCAGACGAGGCCAAUGGGCCCGUGUACCCGUGGCGCAGCCUGCGGGAAUGCCAGGGGGCUCCGGUGACCGCCAGCCACUUCCGCUUUGCCAGAGUGGAGGCGGACAAGUACGAGUACAAUGUGGUCCCCUUCCGCGAGGGUGCGCCAGCUUCCUGGACAGGGGAUCUCCUGGCUUGGUGGCCCAAUCCGCAGGAGUUCCGGGCCUGCUUCCUCAAGGUGAAGAUCCAGGGCCCCCAGGAGUACAUGGUCCGUUCCCACAACGCAGGAGGCAGCCACCCGCAUACCCGGGGCCAGCUCUACGGGCUGCGUGAUGCCCGCAGCGUGCGCGACCUCGAGCGUCCCGGCAUCUCAGCUGCCUGCGUAGAAUUCAAGUGCAGUGGGAUGUUGUUUGAUCAGCGUCAGGUGGACAGGACGCUGGUGACCAUCAUGCCCCAGGGCAGCUGCCGCCGUGUGGCCGUCAAUGGGCUCCUUCGGGAUUACCUGGCACGGCAUCCCCCACCCAUACCUGCUGACGACCCGGCCACCUUUGCCAUGCUGGCGCCCCUGGACCCUCUGGGUCACAACUAUGGUGUCUACACAGUCACUGACCAGAGCCCCAGGCUGGCCAAAGAGAUUGCCAUUGGUCGCUGUUUUGAUGGUUCCUCUGAUGGCUUCUCCAGAGAGAUGAAGGCGGAUGCCGGCACAGCUGUCACCUUCCAGUGCCGGGAGCCACUGCCUGGCCGGCCUAGCCUCUUCCAAAGGCUCCUAGAGUCCCCUGCGACCGCGCUUGGAGACAUCCGCAGGGAGAUGGGUGAGGUGUCCCGGGCACGGGCCCGGGCCUUGGGUACCCUCCGCACCCGCAGGGGCAGGGUCCGGCAGUGACCUGGGCCUUUGGUGGCUUUCCUGCUUCUCUCAGGACUCCUCUGUCUCUGGGAAGUAUUACCCUCUCUUUCUUCCCCA